UGUGGGACUACAAGUUCCGGUCUGCCUUGUGAUACACGUCAUCACCGUGCGACCUCUGUUUAUGUUACUCAACACGAAUGUGGAGGUUAGCUAACGCCGGAGUUUGCUCCACUGAAGUCAGAGGUUAGCAGCUAAAGCUAGCUCGUCUCUGUGGUUCCAGAUGUUUUCCACAGUUAGAACGUGUUUGGCGUCACGUUUAUCCGCUUUAUCCGCUUUAAAUCCAGCGGUUGUGAGACCGACAUGUGUCCCCUGCAGACUUCACCUCCACCGGUCACUCAGCUCGGAGUCCUCCGCUGCUGCUGUCAGGGUGCUGUAUGAUGGACUCUGUCCCAUAUGUGUGACAGAGAUUCGGUUCCUCCAGUUUCUGCAGAGAAAACAGCCUCAGAAAGUGGAUUUUGUUAAUAUCGCGCUGCCGGGCUACGAUGGAGGGAAAUAUAAGGAUGUCAGCUAUGAGAUGGCCAUGGAGGAAAUGCAUGUGAUUGAUGAGAAAGACGAAGUUUACCGUGGGAUCCCGGCAUUUGCGGUCAUGUAUGGUGCCGUGGGCCUUGGUUGGUUGGGUCGCUUCAUGAUGUGGCCAGGUGUUCGGCCGUUUAUGGACAAAUCUUACAUAAUUUUUGCCAGGAAUCGCCUGAAGUGGACCGGACGUGGCGAGGAGUGCACCUCAGGACGCUGUGAAAAGAAAACACCAUAACCCUCGACCAUAGAGAAAAAUACUUUGAUAGAUAAGUUAUUUAAUAGUGAAGACGAACUGGAUAAAGCUCAAGUUUCUCCAGUUCAAGAUGCUGCUGAAGGGAAAUAUCGACUGAUGUACCUUAAACUGUGGAGCUUUUGUUUAUUGCUUAAUGUAUUUUUGCUUUUAGUCAAGUAAAGAAAAACGAGAGAGAGUUUCUCUGCAAUAAUUUACUUUCUCAUUGCAAAAAUACAGAAGUGAGACUGAAAACAACACCAGCAAAACAAAGCCUGUUUCCUGUUGUUCUUUCAAAAGCAGAUAUGGGAAUCAGCCAGUAGAUGUCACUGUAGUUCUAAAAUAUUAUCUCCUAUGAAAGUUUUCAGUGAAUUAUUCCCUAUAGAUCUGAGUGAAAUACAUAUUCAGAUGUUCUGACGAAUAAAGGAAACUGAACAAACUCAAAGUGCCUGGAUUAGCAUGAAUUGUUUAAUCUGAAUGAGUGUUAUCAUUUCUUUGAGGUGGACGGACAGAUUGACACACGUGACUGGUGUGAGCAUGUUUCACCAACUGUUCACUGUAGUGCAGAACAGUAUGUGCGUGUGAAAGGUUAUAAGCUGUGGCUAUGGGACACCAAUGUUUACAAAAAACAGUGUGAGAAGUAAUACUUCAGUUUUAUUCACAUUCUUUUAAAUUAGUUUCUUCGGCAACAAAUAUUUAGAGAAUAAAAUGUAUUUAAAGCCAAUGUUUAGCCUGUAAAUGUACUUUGUAUGUACA